AUGCCAUUGUUUCCGAUUCUUGCUGGGUAUUGUGAAGGGUUUUUGGCGAAAUAUCUGGGAAUUUGGAGCCAUUAUUUGAUAGGUCUUCAACUCUCUUCAAUGAUAUUUCAAGUUGAAUGCCUUGUAUUUUGUUUUGCGAUAAAACAUCAAAACAUUGGACGAGUUAUAAAUUAUAAUGUUGUAUCCGACGACUACUACUUCGUCGGAAUCGUACUUUUCAUAAUUUCUCCAAUUGGUGCUUUUAUAGUUUUUGUGCAAUCCGGAAUGAAAAGAGAGGACCAAAUGGCUCAUAUAGUAUCAAAGUGUCCAGAAUUCAUAAACCAGUUUUCUACACUUUCAAAUUUCGCAAUCUAUGAAUUCAACAUUUGGAGCUUAUUUCUAGCAGGAGGAGCUUGUUUAGGAGCAUUGGUCUGUGGAGCAGCUUUCACUUUGAUCACAAUGGACAUCUUUAGAAUGCUCAAAACUUUACAGAAGAAAGUUUCGGCGACUAGUUUUAAAAAGUACCAAAAUGCUGUGAAAAGUUUGUUAGUUCAAUUUGCAACGUCUGGAUUGUUAUUGGUUCCGCUGUCUGGUUUUGUGUUAUUCACGCUGUUUACUUUCGAAAGAGCACAAGUUUUUGUCGAAAUCACUUUACUAAUCGGAGCCCUCCACCCAAUUGUAAAUGCUAUCGUUCUAACAAUGACAACUUCUCAAUUUAGAGAUGUUUUAUUCGGGUGA